GCGAGCACUGCCAUUUAUAUCCGUAUGUUUAUUCUAACGGCAAAGAAAGAUCGGCGACAGCAUUAGUUUGAUUUUCAAAGACGUUAAUUCUAGUAAAAUUAUCUCAAGGUACUGAUCUCGUGCUGUGAAGUUUGCCAGUGUCGACCUUUGUACAUAUACGUCAUAUACAAUCAAAGUGUAGUGGAUCAGAGACGAGGAUGUGGCGCGAGCGAAGACUCGCGAUCGGAUACUCGCUGAUGCUCGUACUCGUAGGUGACACAUCGCAGCGAGAAAACGAGUCAUCGAGACGACGAUGACUGGUCGCGCCGCCACAGGUGUCUGUGUGUGCGUGUGUGAUUGUUGAGUGCGCUUGAAAAGUGAGCGAGCUAGGUAGCUGCAAGGCGUUGCCGCAGUGCCGCACGCGCGCGCGAGAUCGGCUCUCGCGAGAGGGACGCGCGACCGGUUAUAGUUUCCAGUGCCAAGCUAUACUUUUGAAUCCGUCUCUUCCAACGUAUAACAGAGCUGCAACGACGCGAGCUUCAAGAAGAGCAGGAGGAGAAGAAAGGAAAAGAAGGUAUGGCGGCGGCGGUGCGGUGGCGCUGUUCGUUGGGUGGCGAGGAUCGUAGCUGGGCCCGGUCUGCACGCUGCUGCUGGGCGAGGCCCAGAACCAUGGUCACACAGGCAGUGUUACUUCUAGUGCUGAUGUUUGCAUCAACGACCAUCGGCAAUGUGCAGAGUUCGGGCAUAUCGACCUUCCUCAGCAGGAACAUGUCGCCUGACCUACCAAAAAUCCGACACUCGAGGCACUUAGAUUCAAAGUCGUCGUAUCGGAACCCGGAGGUAUUGAAGCAACUGCAGCAGCGGAAUAGCGAGAAUCACAAUCACAAGCCGGUCUUUUCCAACUGUUCGCGCUAUGCGCCCGUGGUGAAGGAGGAAGAGUUGCCUGGUACGUUCGUUAUCCAAGUGCAAGCCGAGGAUCGGGAUCCAUCCGAGGAAGGAGGAACGAUCACGUAUAGCUUCGUGACGGCAAACGGCGAGAAGCUCAAGUUCGACAUCAACAAUCAGACUGGUCUAAUAAGGACGACACACGCUCACGAUCGCGACGAGCCUGCUCGCGAGAAGGAGGUUUACCUGACGGUCCUCGCCACUGACAAUGGUCGGCCGCAACUUGACGACGUUUGCACCUUCAAGGUCACUAUCGAAGAUAUCAACGACAAUGCGCCCGUCUUCGACAAAGUUUCAUACAUGGAAUCGGUGCCGCAAGAUCUUUCAAUAGGCAGAGAGGUAAUGAGGGUCUCGGCGACGGACAUCGACGACGGUCCUAACUCAAAGGUGCAGUACAGCAUCUCGCCUAAGCGCUUUGAGGACAGCAUCUACUUUCGAAUCGAUGUCAAUACUGGUGUCAUCUUUUUGAAUCAUACCAUAGACAAAACUCCGGGCUACAGAUUCAGCAUGACAGCGAUGGCAAGAGACCAAGGUGACGAGCCGAAGCAAAACGUCAUAGACAUCGACAUCCGUGUCGUUGAAUCACACAAGAAGGCCCCCACCUUUACUUAUUGCCCCGACGAAGCGAUCAAACUGCCCGAGAACUUUAGCGAUUACGAGGCGAGCAUUGCCCGACUUGAGGCCGCGUCCAACAUCGACGACAGUCCAGACUACUUUCUCUUUGAACUCGUUACUGGCAGAACCGAGCAGACCAACAAGGAGAACACCUUCAGGUUGGUGUCCAACAAGAACACUGCUGAGAUAAAGCUGGCCAAGUCUCUGGACUACGAGAGUAAUACCGAGUACUCGUUAAUCGUACGCGUGCAAAACAAGUACCAGUUGGCCGCCGAGACAAUGAUCUACAUCGAAGUGCUCGAUGUCAAUGAUAAUAUUCCCGUAUUUCGUGAGAUGAAGAAGGGGAGCGUUCUGGAAAACGAACCACCGGGUACUCCUGUGAUGCAGGUUCGAGCGAUCGACGCCGAUGGUACUUCAGCUCAUAACCAGGUGACUUAUGCGCUUGGCAACUACGACAAGUUUUUCACAAUUGACCGUUACACUGGUAACAUUACUACUCUAGUAGAAUUCGAUCGUGAAACUGACUACACGUAUACCGUCAAAGUCAUCGCCACUGAUAACUCGCCGAGUGCCCUCUUUAAGACGGGUGAGCACAACAAGGGUGAGCAGAAUUUCCGCAUCGAAAUCGCCGAUAAGAACGACAAUCCACCACACUUUACUCAGCAUGAGUACACGGCUAAUGCCAUAUCCGAGGACGCUAAUAUCAAUGCCCUUGUAACGGAAGUCAAGGCGCUAGAUGCUGAUACGGCCAGCCCUGUCAUCUACAGCAUCCUCUUUGGCAACGUCGAUGAUAGCUUUAUGAUUGAGAAUACUACUGGUAGGAUUCGUGUAAAUCAGCGCCUAGAUUACGAAAAGAUCACCCAAUACAAUUUGACCGUCAGAGCUUUCGACGGUGUCUUCGACGAUACGGCGACUGUGCGCAUUUUCAUUGAGAAUGUUAACGAUAAUCAGCCGAUUUUUGAAGUUUAUGACCGAAAUCCCAUUAUUGAAGAGGAAAAACUGUACAAAGGCUGUCUUACUACAAUCACUGCUUAUGACCCGGAUAUUAAAGAUCGAAAAGCUGAUCAACACAUUGUUUAUUCGAUCUUGAGACCGGAACAUAAACCCCUAAUUCACAUUGAUAAAGAUGGAUGCAUGAUGUUGAAGAAACCAUUGGAUCGCGAUCCACCUCGUGGUUAUCCAGUUUGGACGAUAUCUGUAAUUGCUCAAGACGAAGAUGGAGGUCCUAACUCUCUUCGAAAUACGGAUUCAAUCAAUAUCACUUUGACGGAUAUCAACGACAAUGCACCUUUCCUAGACAUGCCAUAUCCUGUAAUUUGGCGUGAAAAUCAAGGUCCAGGUAACAUAACUCAGUUGCAAGCUCGAGAUUACGACUCCGAUAAGAAUGGUCCGCCUUUUAUCUACCGCAUCGAUAUCUCAGCCGAUUACGAGAUUCUUACGAAAUUUGAAAUUCGUGGUAAUGAUUUAUGGGCAAAAGUAGAGUUUGACCGAGAGGAACGUAAGAGCUACAAUAUACCCGUAGCCAUAACUGACCAUGGCACGCCAAGCCUUACUGGCAUUUCAAUACUAACUGUACUCAUUGGUGAUGAAAAUGAUAAUCCAAUGCAAGAUGGCUCUAGCUCUAUAUUUGUUUACAAUUACAAUGGGGAGUCGACAAUCGUCGACAUUGGUAGAGUCUAUGUCAACGAUCCCGACGAUUGGGAUUUGGAAAAUAAGACUUUUUCAUGGUACGAAAAUCGUGAUGUGGAAGGCUUUUUGCUGGAAAAAUCCACGGGACUUAUAACAUUGCUUCAUGAUAUAAGAAAUGGAACUUUCUUACUUAAGUUUACUGUUGUGGAAGAAAGUUCUAAAAUAAGAAGGCACCAAGUUCAAGCAACGGUCAACGUUACUGUCAAAGAAAUUCCUAAGGAAGCAGUGGUUAAAUCCGGUUCUAUUCGUUUUCUUGGAAUUAGUGCCGAAGAUCUUAUUGCUCCGUCCGGCGUUGGGAUCAGUAAAAAGGAUCUGCUACAGGAACAUCUUUCAACGAUGUUUAAUACUUCUGUAGAGAAUGUUGAUGUUUUCACGGUUUUACACUCGCCUUAUCAAAACGAUUCCGUCCUGGAUGUUCGUUUUUCUGCCCAUGGUAGCCCUUAUUAUGCUGCUGAGAAGCUUAAUACAAUCGUUGCCGAUCACACACAAGAGAUUGCUGAUAGUAUGGGCGCUCAUGUACUUUUGGUCAAUAUUGAUGAGUGUUUAUUCGAGAAGGUUCACUGCAACAGUUCCUGUAGAAGUUACUUGAAUAUAAGCUCGACGCCAUACGUUGUUUAUACAAAUGCAAGUUCGUUUGUUGGUGUGAGAGCUGUAGUGGAUCCGCAGUGUAUUUGCCACGUGGUCGAACCAAUCGAAUGUCUGAAUGGAGGUACACCUCUCGACACGAGGUGCGAGUGUUUACCGGGAUACGAAGGGCCGAGAUGCGAGUUGCUGUCUAUUGGGUUUCAAGGGGAUGGGUGGGCAAUCAUGCCUCCACCGGGACAAGCGUGCGAUGAAUCGUAUUUGAGUCUUGAAAUAACACCGCACGCCAAAGACGGUUUGAUAUUUUACUUCGGUCCUAUGAUAUAUUCUGAAAAGUUGGGUGUUCAAGAUUUUAUGUCGUUAGAAUUGCAAAAUGGAAAUCCUGUGUUAUACAUGGAUUACGGCCAAGGUACUGUGAUGCUUGAUAGGUCGAAGUCUAGUAGCGAAAAUAACGAAGUUGGCGGUGAUCAAAUAUUUAUUGCUGACGGAAAGCCUCAUAGAAUUGACAUUUGGUGGUCUAAAACUAAUAUUGAAAUGAAAAUUGACGGCUGUGUGCAAUCAAGCUGUAUGAGGUUGGAAGCGCCCCGUGGUACGGCGGAAAUUCUGAAUGUGAAUAGUCCAGUGCAAAUAGGAGGCGCACAGAAAGAUUUGGUUGAUUUGGGAGAGAAAUUCAAAUGGCAACAUGUACCGACUACGAAAGGAUUUGUAGGAUGCAUUCGAAACAUGACAAUCAACGGAAACACUUACAAUCUUGGUAUACCGACGCUGGCACACAAUGCAGAUUCAGGUUGCAGUACUGGCAUGGCGAAAGCUGUUUCCUUCGGAAUAGACACGAAUUUCUUAGUGGCCAUCCUAGUUUGUAUCACUAUACUAUUGAUUCUCCUGUUGGCAGUUGUUGUCCAUAGACGAAAGACGGAUGAUUUAUAUAAGGAUAUGGAUGAUAUCAGAGAAAAUAUUAUUAAUUAUGAAGACGAAGGUGGCGGCGAAGUUGAUACCGGCUAUGAUCUUAACGUACUUAGAGCAAUGUAUGAUCCACCGAAUGAUAUGAAGAUUAACGCCGCGAGUCUACAAGGAAGAGAAAAUGACGAAGUACCAGAUAUAUGUGGAUUCCUCGACGGUAAAAAAGAGUGUUGUGAUAAAGAUCCGGAUACCAAUCCUUUCGACGAUGUACGACACUAUGCUUAUGAGGGUGAAGGCAACUCAGAAGGUUCGUUGUCUUCUCUUGCCUCCUGCACGGAUGACGGUGAUCUCAAAUUUAAUUACUUGUCUAACUUUGGUCCGAGAUUCCGAAAGCUCGCUGACAUGUACGGUGAAGUACCCAGUGACGAAGAAAGCGAGGGUGCUGUUGACCGUGAAAGCGAAAGUUGGUGUUGAAUGUAAUAUUCAAAACUAUAGUGAAACUUGAUUUUCAAGUUUGUUUUUCAUUUGUAAUACAUAGUUUCAUUAUAUUUUUCAUUCCUUUCGUGACCAUUUUAAGUAUCGAUAUCGAUCUUGAUAUUUUUCGAUAACAUUAUUUACCUUUAUAUAAAAAUGUACUGUACUGGAAUUUAAUUUAAUAUCGUUGUUUAUCGUUUCAAAGCAGCAUAAGUAAAGCGCAUUUAAAAGAUGAAAUACUGUUCUACUUGUAAAGAAUGAUAUGAAAAAUGCGAUAAUGUACAUUGCGUGUAUUGAAUGAAAUAUUUCAAUAUGACAAUCCAUGAUAGAAUGAAAUAAACUAUUUCGAUUUUUUUAUGUAAAACCAUUAUAUGUGAGUGUUGUAUCGAUAACAGGGUGAAUUUAUAUAACUACUAGCGCAAUUAUGAUUAAUCAUCUCGUCCGUAUUGUAGAAGCAGCAUUAUACUCGGGACGUCGUAAUUUAUGUAUGUUACACGCAUUCUCAAUGAGGAUGAACGCGAGAGCUGCAAAUCGUGAUAAAUUUAAAAUCACGUUUAUAGAUGUAUUUACUUUUUGCCAAUGCAAUGACAAUGGACAACGUGCAUGAAAUUUUGAUCGACGUCCCUCUACUUGAACAAGUCAAAUAAAUUUGAAAGUUUUAGGGACGUAGCCUGGUGCUAGUUAUCCUAAAUUAUAAGAAUCUGUUAUCAAUGUUCUAACUGGUAUUCGUUUUCGUCAGUUCAUCUUUCUACGAUUGAUAAAUUAAGAAAAAAAAUAAGAAAAAACGUGAAUUAAGAAAAAUGAAUUAAUCAUUUUUUUUUUCGAAGAAACAUUUAUAGCUUUUGAUUUUUACUAGUUAAAAUAAGAAAAUUACAAAAAUCUAAACAUGAUGAAGAUUGUUACAGUGUGAAAUUAUCGAAAUAAAAAGAAAUUUGUGACGCAAACCAUAUUCAAAGGUUUGCUCUUUUUUAUUUAUAUAAGGUAUUUAUGUAUUAAAUGUUAAAGUGUUCAAUGUAGUACGACUUUAGUGAUUUCUACUGUCACCACGAACAACAAAUUUUUAAUAAUUUUUGGGUAACAUCAAUAAAUUUUAAUUACUUUAAGUUAUGUUUAGCAAUUUUUUUUAUAUUUUCUUUCGUAUGAGACGAAAGUUUAAUUAUACAGAAAAUCCAUAUCUUAAUUACAGCAGUAUUUCGUGUGCAAAGACAAAUAUACAAGUAUUUUUCAGUUCAUAAUGUAUACUUUUAAUUUGAUAUUGAAGUUAUCGAACUAUAGAAUUACAAUGGAAAAUUUAUAGAAUUUUAAUUGUCAUGCAUAUCAAAGAUUCUGUUUGAUACAUUCCAUUUUUUUGAGUAAUUCAUUUAUAUAUAUAUAUAUACAGAUGUAUGUGUGCGUGCGUGCGCACACAAAAAACAUUGUAAAUUUUCUAUUUCAAACAAUUUAGAGCGACGGAGAUCGACUGCCAUAGCACGUUUUCAUUGUUAAUUUACUUAUUACUACUGAGAAUAAUUAAAAAAAAUAUGAAUUAAAAAUUAUAGUAUUAUUCUCAAAGGAAAUCGAGCCAACAUUUUUCGUCUCAAAGACUUUGACAGUAUUGUCUUUAUUAAUGAAGAUUCUUCCUAAGUUAUACUGGUAAUCAUUUAUAUCGCGCUUCAUAAGGCUUUUUUGUAUGAUCGCAUUACUUAAUAAGAAUAAAUUCAUAAGUAGCGAUGAUGGAGUAUUUUGUGCGAGAAAGUUCUAAUUUUUAAGAUUUUGUAUGAUAAAUUAAUAGAUUAUAAUCAUUGUAAGAACAAAUCGGUAAUCUCCUAAGAGUUUUUGCCGUAAGUGUUUUUUGAUCUCCAAAAGACAAUCCCAGAAGAAACUAUACUAUGUACUGUAUAUAAAAGCAAAAUUAUUACAGGUAACAAAUAUACAUAGAUAUAUGUGAAUAAGAUUGUAUUCAAUGUAAAGAUAAAAUAUAACAAAAACCUUACCUACAUUUUCCCCUUUAAAUUCUUGAUAACAUAAACAAGAUUUCUAAGGGUAAAAUGUAUCAAAGUUUAAUCUUAUAACUUUUUUGUCAAUCACGAUAUGUUGCAAUAUAGCGAGAAAAUGAAUUGUUUUCAGAUAAAAAAGUUAAAAUGAUCGAGCUUUAUAAUGUUUUAAGAAAAACUACGCGAUAACUUUAUAGUUUUCUAAAACUGUCCUUUUUUUAUUUUAAUUUUCAAGAGAAGUAUAGAUCGUUAAAAGUUAUCAGAAUGGCUCGAUGUUUUAAUUGGAGGCAGUUUCCGAUUAUUGAGGAUCGUUGCUCGAUCAUAAGCGGUGAGAUCACAUCGAAAAAUCUUUAGUACUCUUCGGUAUAUUCAAUAGAGUUUGAUUUUUUAUCGAAAUGUCUAUUAUUUCGCUAGUUGUGAAGUUUCCAUACUACUGUUAUUGCAAUUGUGCAGCUAAAAUUAACGCUAUAAGCUGAGUGCAAACAUAAGCUAAAUAAAUGAAACAGUUUAUGUAAACCGAAAAGACUUGAAAUGAAGAUAAAAUUUAAAGCUAAAAGAAAUUAAGCGAAUAAAUGCGAAAGUGGGUGAAGUUUUGUGUAAAUAUGUAGCGACGUAUGUAAAAGAGCUCUUUCAUAAUUAUAACGCGUAUACAAGGGGCAUAAGCCAAUGAAUAUGUGAUAGCCAAUGUUAAUAAUACGAUCGUUCACACCUUCACCCAUUCAUAUCACCGAUCCAUUAUUAGUUUAUAUUGAGCUCUAUGUAAUUUUCCAUUUCUUUUUUUCAUUAGAAAUAAAUGAAAAUUUCUACUUAUUGUAAAUUGUCGUGGAGCUAUUAAAUUACCAUUUCUGUUAGUUAUUGCAGUUUGCCUAAUGCAAGAGCAUAACUAUUCCGCAGUUCGAUAUUUGAUUCGAAUAUUAUAUAUCUAGGUUAUUAUUUGGAACAUUAUAUGCCUGGGAUUAUUAUCUGAGUCAGUACCAUCCUGAGAGAAUUUUUUUAAGAUAUUUUUUCAUAAUUAUUUCGACGCAGUUCUAAAACUUUGUACAUAAACUGUAGACAGAUAUAUAUUUUUGAUUUGAAAGCUGAAUACUUUGUUACGAUGAGUUAAAACAUUAUGUAUUUUAGUUGAUUUCGGUGUUCUUCAAUAGCUAUUCUAAUAAAAAUAUUUGUAUAAAUUUUAUGAAGAGUUUGCACACAAAUUUGUCUGAAGUGCAUAAGGGACUCUGACAAUUCAUCUCCGAAUUGUCCAAACAUUAGUAUAUAAAUUUGAUAUCAAUUUCGUAUAUAAAAAAUGUAAUUAGAAUCUUUUCAAAUACGAUUCAAUUCUCUAGUACUCAAUCUAUACGAUUACAAUAAUAGUCUGCUUAUAACGUCUAUUCUUAAUGCAUUAUAAGAUGAAAAUCAGCAUUAACAAUUUGACUUCCCUCGCAAAUCAGUGCAUAUUAUUGAACUCAAUAUCUAUAUUUUUGUAAAUUUCGGUGUGAUUAUUUUGCUCGAAAGCCCAAAAAUAUAUAAAUAUUUUGUGUACAUAAUUGAUUGGUAACAAAUUAUUAGUACUUUUAACAUAUUAGUUACUGCGGUGGUAUAGCGAUCGUUUUAUGAUAUUUUUGUAUAAAUGACCAUUUUUUUAAUUUCAUUAGAUUUCAUACCCAUUAUUUCUUUAU